AUGUCUUCAAAGAAGGACUCUUCCAAGAGAAUGUCCCUCUUCGGACCGCUGAAGGGUACCGGAAUACUUGGAUUUGGUCACAAUGACACUAAACAGCAGCAUGGCCACAAAAAGACUCUUUCGGACUCAAAUACCAAAAGGAAACAGACUAUUCUCCUACCAGAUGACCGACUCCACAGUUCAGACGUUUCAAGGGCUUCUUCUAAUACUAUUUCUGAUUUACCACUUCCGAACGCUCCCAAGACGAAUCUUUCACUCUCGCCUGAUUUUGCGAGAUCCUUUUCACCUCCUCGUAUGGUUGAUUCGCAGUUUCAUCCGUCUGUGAUGAAUGGUCAACAACUCCAAGCUGAAGUAUCGACAGAGGAAUUUAACUUUCAUUCCUCGCACAUAGCUCCUGCCAAGUCUCUAACACGGAGACGACCUCCGCCCAGAGAUCCGUCGCCAGUAAAGGAUCAGUUGAAUCAUGGUUCAAAUGCUGAGGUUCUUCAAGAGAAGAUCACUGUCAAGGAAAGCAAUGACACCGGCGCAGAAAAAGAACUGGAAAGGGUCAACAAUUCUGAAGCUUCUACUCAGGUCAACAAUAUUGUUGAAGGAGAAGACUCGGGUUUUACGCCUGAGACUAACUAUUCCACCGGUGUAACUAAUGAUGUAAAUGAUAUUUCCACAAAUUUGAAGUUAAACACAACAGCAGCCGUUAGCUCUUCCAGUAAUAAAUCGAUCUCAUCAACACCAUUAAACAAAAUUAUCUCAUCUUUAGAAAAUGAGCUCAACGAGAUGAGAGAUAAUGAUGCAAGUUCAACAAGUCUUGGUCAGUAUAGCUCUUCCUUUUCACAGCAAUCUUCAGUGUAUUCACCUCUCAAUUUUAAUGGUAGAAGGGCAACUAGUGACGAAAGGAAGUCCUUAGAUUCAAGUAUCUAUUCUUCUCAUACCGAAAAUUCGCAGCAAUCUCACACGUCCCUCUUAAGAAAUGAGAUCAAUGCGCUGCUAAUAUCUGACGAUAUCAACCACGAAAUACAACAAAAAACGUACACUGAGAACAAUAAUGACGAAGAUUUGACAGACAACGAGGAGUCUUACAAGAAGGGCCAUACAAGGGCUGCGCCCAGUGAUGCUACGGUGAAAGUGUUUGACAUACCUAGUGUUAAUGUGCAGAACGAAAUUGAAGAGGAGGUUGUGGCAAUUCCGAGGGAAAAAGCAGGCACCACUGACAUCCAUGCCCUAUUGAAUGAUGGAACCAUUUCACCCCCAGUUUUUGUUCCUCCUCAUGUUGAUUCAUCCCCUAGAAGUUCAUGCACUAGUGGUCAGAGUGGAGAAAUUUUCUAUGAUAUGAGUGAAGUAGCAAGUGCUGCUCGGUCUGAUCAUGCUAAGGACAAUUUUAAUAGUUUUUCUCAUGAAGACGAUGAAGACUACGAUUAUAAUUAUGAUGACUACCUUGAAGGAAACGAUUCUACAGUGGUUCAAGAAGAAUUAGAAAGUACCCAUUCCCAGAAAGACUUAUUAGCAGAGACUAAGGCCAGUAUAGAGUCGGAUGAUCAAAGAAUUCUUGGAAGCCAUAGUGACCUGGAACCUUCUUUGAGUGCGCAUUCUGAAGCCCAUUCUGAUUCUAGUGAGUCAGUUUCAAUUGACCAAUUUUCGUACGAUCCAAAUGAAAACCUGCAAAAUCUGGGAUCUAGUAAUGCUGCUCCCAUAGAGGAAAAAAGCAACUUAAUCUAUGCUCCAAUUCCAAGAAACACCAGGCGUGAUUCUAUGGAAUUGGCAGAUAGUGGUACAGCAUCGUCACUGGAGCUGGAAGUAGAACAGGCUCCCGUUGUUAGUAAUGAAAACAGCCCCUUAGUAUCCCCACAGCUCCUAGCCAAAAAUAAUGAGGAAGAGAUUUUUGUUGAAGAACCAAAAAAGCUCACGGUUAUUAACACGGACGAAGACUUAUCGCAACCACGGAAACUCUCCGUUGUUAACAGCGACCAAGAUUUCUUGGAACCACUUGAGGCUGGGGAUAACCAAUUGCAUGUCAAUUCAUCGCAAUCUAACUUGAAUUUAGCUGGAAAUUAUCAACAUUCUGGAGCUAAUUCUAGGCACUCUUCCAUAUCGAGGAACAAGCUUUUUGAAGAUAGCUCGUCAUCUGACGAAAAUGAGUCGGAUCACAGCAAUAUCAAUUUUGUUGCAAGAUCACCCAUUCGAAAGAUGUAUGUCACUAAUAAUGCUAGUCCUCCAGAUUUUUUUGUCCAGCGGUCGGAAGAAACCCAUUUGGAACCAGUGUCUGAUGAUGGACAUCAUGUCGACCGAUCUUCUCCUUUGUCCGCAGGAAAACGAGAUGAUCAAGAAAAGAAUGACUAUGUAUCUGCCUACGACCGAAGAGAGGCGUCAUUUGUGGCUCCGUUGGUUCACGUUAAUGAACCAACUGCUGUUGGAUCAAAGGCAUUGAAUAGAAGGCCACCACCAGGAAUCAGCACAGCACGUAAGACCCGCGGUGUAUCUAACCCCCCUCCGCCAGAAAUUUACGAUACUCAUAUCCAAACCAUAACUCCAGUUGAUCCCUCUUUAAAACGACAAGCUUCAAACGAACACAUAAAAGAAGUACAUGAAGGUGAAGGAGUACCUUCGGCAUAUGUUCUCGCGUUGAGGGAAAGAGCUGGCAUCUCUGUAAGCAAAGUCCCAGCUUCCGAAUGGAAGCUUCCACUAGCUAUUCGACCUCAUAAAUCCACCUUUGCAAAGACAAAACCCAACUCCAAAAUUAGUACAGUCAGCAGAAGGUUCCUGUCGAACUCUGACAUCAAGCAUGGAGGCAGUCUUAAGCCCCGUCUUCUGGCAUCGGAAAUCGAUGAUACUGAUAUGGUCAUUCUUCCCAAAGAACCAGCUCACACUCCAGGUAACCAGUUGAGGAAACUUCAAACAUUGCAGGAUCCUUCUGAAGAUCAGCUGGGAGAUUUAGUUGACUUUGGUGCUGAAUCCACAUUACAGAGAAAUACCAGUCUUACCAGCACCUCAACAGUUCAGCCUGGAACCGACCUACAUCCAAUGCGACUAUUCAUUGCUAAUCCAGACGGAGAAGAUAGUUCUUAA